GUUAUAUAGAUUGACGCAUCAUCAGAUAUUUUCGUCAGGUGAACGACAUCGCGGAGAGUCUCAGCUUGUCAAAUUGCCUGGAUACAUUGGCCAAAAAAUUAAGCGGUGGCGAACGAAAGAGACUCUCCAUCGGCGUAGAAAUGAUCACCAAGCCAUCCGUUCUCCUAUUAGACGAGCCAACAAGCGGUCUUGAUAGUGUGACAUCCAAUCAGCUCGUUAACAUGCUGCACGGUAUGGCGAGAGAGAACUGUACUGUGGUUUGCGCGAUACAUCAACCCAGCAGUCAGAUGAUUUCGCUCUUCGAUGACAUUAUGGUACUUAACCAAGGUAGAAGUAUGUACUGUGGUCCAAAGAGCGAGAUCUUAAAUACGUACAGCAUUGCCGGGUUCACGUGUCCCAGCUUCUACAACAUAGCAGAAUUCGUACUUGAGGUCAUAACAGAGCAAAGAGGUGGAGAUUUAGAGAAUUUAUACAAGAUCUGUCGUGAUGAAUACGAAAAGUCGAGAUCGCGCAACAAACCUAAUGAAAAUGAAUCGACUGAUUCUAAGCAGAAAUGUAAAACAGGCGACAUAGAUACGUCCAUAAAUAGUAUAAUACCAAAAAAAUCGACAUGGCAACAGCAAAAGAUUUUAUUUUCAAGAUCUCUGAUUUACAUCAAGCGAGAUAAUGUGAGUAGAAACUAUUGAAAGUAAUAUUCGAACAAUUUGCUUGAAAAAUCAAAAUGCUAUCAUUUUGUGUGAUUGA